AUCAUCAUCUUCGCUCCCGGUUCAGAUCGCAGCAGGUCCGGUGAUUAUAUCUAACAUCAGCGCUUCAACAUGGACUUUCUGAAUUUUCAGCUUGUGGUUGUGAUCUCCACCUGCGUGAUGAGAGGUUCUCAUCAAGGGCCGAGCCAACGCAGACUGUACAGCAGCCUGAUGAGCGGGUACAACCCACUGGAGAGACCGGUCUUCAACGACUCUCAGAGUCUCACCGUGUACUUCGGACUCAGCCUGAUGCAGAUCAUGGAUGUGGAUGAGAAGAACCAGGUUCUAACAGCCAACAUCUGGCUGCAGCUGUACUGGAAUGAUUAUUACCUCCAGUGGAACACGGUGGAAUAUCCAGGUGUGACCAACGUCCGAUUUCCUGAUCAUCUCAUCUGGAAACCUGACAUUCUGCUGUACAACAGUGCAGAUGAAAGAUUUGAUGCAACUUUUCACACCAACAUCCUGGUGAACUCUUCUGGGUCCUGCUCCUACCUUCCUCCAGGGAUCUUCAAGAGCACCUGCUACAUCGAUGUCCGCUGGUUUCCGUUUGAUGUGCAGAGGUGUGAGUUAAAGUUUGGCUCCUGGACGUAUGGAGGGUGGUCUCUGGAUUUAAAAAUGCUGGAGGCAGACAUCACUGGAUACAUCGCUAAUGGAGAGUGGGAUCUUGUUGAGGUUCCAGGAAGACGGAACGAGCGUUUUUAUGAAUGCUGCGAGGAGCCGUACCCUGAUAUCACCUUCACCGUAGUGAUGCGCAGACGGACCCUCUACUACGGUCUUAACCUGCUCAUCCCCUGUGUCCUGAUCUCUACUCUGGCUCUGCUCGUCUUCCUGCUGCCUGCUGACUCUGGGGAAAAGAUCUCACUGGGUAUUACAGUGUUGCUCUCCCUGACUGUCUUCAUGCUGCUGGUUGCAGAAAUCAUGCCCGCCACAUCAGACUCGGUGCCUUUAAUAGCUGAGUACUUUGCAACAACCAUGGUCAUCGUUGGUCUUUCGGUGAUCGCCACCGUUUUGGUUCUGCAGUAUCACCACCACGACCCUGAUGGAGGCAAGAUGCCCACGUGGACCCGUGUGAUCCUCCUGAACUGGUGUGCCUGGUUUAUGCGGAUGAAGCGCCCCGGUGAGGAGCGAGUGCGGUCAGCCUGUCACAACAAGACUCGGCGCAGCAGCCUGACCAGCAUGGACCUCAACGCCGGCACCACUCACUCGUCCAAUGGACACAUGCUUUACGUCGGUGUCCGUGGUCUGGAGAGCCUCCACUGCUCCACAGCUGCCACAUCUCCUGACUCCGGGGUCCUCUGCGGACGGCUGAUCGGACGAGCAGGCGAGGACGAGAUCCUCCUCCCCCCGAGUCAGAGCUGUAGCAUGGGACACAUGGAACUGGAGCUGGCUAAGAUCCUAGACGAGGUGCGUUACAUUGCCAAACGAUUCCGUGACCAGGAUGAGGACGAGUCAGUGUGCAACGAGUGGAAAUUUGCUGCUUCUGUCAUUGACAGGCUUUGCCUCAUGGCGUUCUCCCUUUUCACCAUCCUCUGCACCAUUGGGAUCCUCAUGUCGGCGCCCAAUUUUGUAGAAGCCAUUUCCAAAGACUUUUUUACCUGAAGGGUUGCUAUAACGAAGUCAUUGUUGCUUCUAGUCAUAGAAAGAGUAC